AUGCAUGAUUCACACUUCCCAAGCAUUCGAGAUAAUCUGCCAUUAUUUGAAGAUCGAAGAAAGGGCAUGGCUGACGUUGUCGAGUUCUACAUUUAUUGCAACCCUCCCCUACUUCCCCAAGGCGUGUCAGAAGUCAUCCGCCGCGUCCAAGACACCGAGAGCCGCAGCAGCGUCACCACCGCCGUGCAGGACAACCUCUUCGUCAUCGCCGACGAGGACAUCGACGCCCUUGACCCUGACGCUGACUAUGAGUCGCCGCUCGCCGAUUCCGACGUCGACGUCUCCGUCAUCUCACCGGACGCGCGCAUGAUGCCUUGGGCCGAGCACCGCCGCCGCUCCCACACGUACGCCGACGCCGACGUCUACCCGGUGCUCAUCACCGAGGCGCAUCACAAGACCGCUUGGCGCGGCCUCGAAUACCUCCACCCGGACGUCACCUUUGCGGGCCUGCUCGCGCACGCGGGGCACGCCGACGAGCAUCGGUUCGCGGCCGAGACGGGGUGCCUGGUAUCGUACGACGUCAGGCAGACGGUCGUGUAUCUUGGCUCGGACGAGGGUCAGGAACGGCUUGACAGUGCCGUUGAACGAUUAGAAAGUAUGACGAAGCAAUAUGUAGAGCACAAGGAGCGCGCGCCGCAGCUUCUCCCACCCCUUCCGAUAUUUCCUGCCGCGGAGUGGGCGGCGGUGGUUGCGGCGGCUGCGAGCCACGAUUUCUUCGACGACAUCCCGGCUGACAUCAAGGCCAGCCUGCCUGACAGCGUCGUGCCCUGGACAGACCCAUUCAAGAACGAUGAGAGCUUAAUCUGA